AUGCUGCCCGAAAAGGAUCUGGGACCCGAUGUUUGGGAAGCGGGAGUCAAUUGCCUCGACAGCUUCUCGCAAAUCUUUUUCUACCGCAAUCCCGUGGAGCGCUUUACCAGAGCCUAUAACUUGGUGCUGGCCCACGUGUUCAACCUCUCCAGUCCGGCGGAUCAAAUUCAGGAGGGAUUCAGCAAGCUAAUCAACGAGGCGGCCACCUAUCCCGGGGAACCACACAGACAGGAACUUUUUCAAAUCCGAGUGAUAUCCGACAAAACCAACCAGACCAUCCCAAACAUGGGAUCACUGGUCCUCGCCGACAACUAUGUGAUAAUCGUGGACUCUAUAGAGCGAUUACGCAGACUGAUGGCCAAUCACGUAAAAAAUAUGCGAUCCUGGAACCCAGGAGCCCGAUUCUUGAUUCUUUUUAAUGAUCCAAAACUGAGGAAUCGUCCCCGGGACGUGGCAUCCCAGAUUUUCACGCGGCUAAUGGAAAAACUUUAUGUCCAUCGAGUGGCCCUUCUCUACUCCAUUUCGCCCACGGACUAUAACCUAUUGGUUAACGAUUACUACAGCAAUGUGAACUGCCGGAUUCUGGACAUUCAGAGUGUGGGUCAGUGCCACAAUGGAGAACUUUCGCCCAGUCCCCGAGUCGUUCAUGCCUCCAUGCAGGACUACGUGGCUGGUUUCAGCCCCAAGAACUGCACCUUCUUCGUCUGCUCCUCGAUCUCGGCUCCCUUCGUUGAGGCCGACUGCAUCGUGGGGCUCGAGAUGAGAAUCCUUGGAUUCAUGAAAAAUCGACUGAAAUUUGAUGUAAACCAGACCUGCAGCAACGAGUCUCGUGGCGAAAUAGAAGCCGAUGGCAGCUGGGGCGGCUUGCUGGGGAAAGUGGAGGACAACGAGUGCGACUUUAUAAUCGGGGGCUAUUACCCGGACAACGAGGUGGCUGACGUCUUCUGGGGAUCGGAUACCUAUCUGCAGGAUGCGCACACCUGGUACAUCAAGGUGGCGGAACGGAGACCCGCCUGGCAGGCGAUGGUGGGCAUCUUCGAGGGCUACACCUGGCUGGGCUUCAUCUUGAUUCUCAUUAUCAGCUGGCUGUUCUGGUUUGCCCUGGUCAAGAUCCUCCCAGAACCGAAGUACUACCAACAGUUGAGUCUAACGGCCAUCAAUGCUCUGGCUGUUUCGAUUUCAAUAGCCGUUCAAGAGCGUCCCAUUUGUGAGUCCACGAGGCUCUUUUUUAUGGCUCUGACCCUCUAUGGCCUGAAUGUGGUGGCCACCUACACGUCCAAGAUGAUAGGAACCUUCCAGGAUCCCGGCUAUCUACAUCAGCUGGAUGAACUAACGGAAGUGGUGGCCGAGGGAAUUCCCUUUGGCGGCCACGAGGAGAGUCGCGAUUGGUUCGAGAACCCGGAUGAUAUGUGGAUCUUUAAGAUGUACAACACCUCGCCGGAGUUUAUGCCGCAAACGAAGAAUUUGGAGGCGGUGAAAUGGGGAGAGCGGUGCAUCCUGAGCAACCGGAUGUACACGAUGCAGAGUGCCCUGGCCGAUGAUAUAUACGCCUUUCCCCACAACGUCUUCAGCAGUCCCUUGCAAAUGAUCAUGAAGGCGGGCUUUCCCUUUCUCUUCGAGAUGAACAGCAUUAUCCGGAAUAUGCGGGAUGUGGGCAUUUUCCAAAAGAUCGAUGCGGAUUUUAGAUACAAUAAUACGUAUCUCAAUAGGAUCAAUAAGAUGCGACCAAAGUUUGCGGAUACCGAUAUCGUUCUGACCACGGAGCAUCUUAAAGGACCCUUUGGCAUCCUGGUUGUGGGCAUCUGCGUCGCCGCCCUCACGUUUCUCGGCGAGCUAAUGAUCCGGAAUUGGCGGUGCCAGCUGGUCAGCAAGCAGCAGGACAGGAAAAGAAAAAAGAGAAAAAGGAGGAGAGGAAGGGGGAGGAAGGACCCAAGGGAUAACCACUGGCAGCGCCAAGUUCAAGUGGCUCCAGUCGUACGAUUUACGCCAGUCAAACGACGCAAAGUUUUCUAG